CACACCUGUUAUAGACCUACUAAACCAAACAGUGGACAGCAUGUAAGAGUCUUAAAUCUAGGAUAAAGUGAACAAUAUUAUGAUGUACAUAAACGCUGCCUGAGGUAUAACUAUUUAAAUCACCGCAUUGGGAUCACUUUGACUUACCUGUGUGUUUGGGACUUACCUGCUGGUUAUCACCCGUACGGAAUGGAGGGUGGUGGAGGUGUGGCCGUUAGUUACAGGUAUUCGAGUGCCAAGAGGAGACAAAGCGAAGCAUCCUCACACAAAACGGCGGAAACGGAAGUCAAAUCUCAGACUUGCCCAGCGUCCCCGAACUCGACGCAGAUGCUUCAUCGUCGACCAAUCAAAACGGCGCUCCACCAAGCCGUUAUUGACUGUCGUCUUCAUCAAGUGCGCCUCCUAGUGUCAAAACAUGGCGUCAAUGUUGACAGCAAGGACCUGAAUGGUAGGACACCGAUGAUGUUGGCCUGCAUCAUAGAGGAAGAGUUCGGGUACCGAAUGGCGAAAAUCUUGUUGAAAGCGGGAGCUUUUCUGAAUCUUCGUGACAAUCUAGGAAGAACAGCACUUAGCUAUGCCUGUAUGAAUGGACGAGAGGAUAUUGUACGAAUGAUCAUUCGGGAGGACGUUCUGGACAUAAACGAGGCGGAUAAUGAUGGCAACACACCCUUACAUCAUGGGGCGUCCAGUGGCAAUCCGAACAUCGUUACACAGCUCGUGGACUGUUUUGUGAGAUUUGGCCUGGAUGUGGACACGCGUAACAGUAUGGGAUAUACUGCAUUGUUACUUGCCUGCAAAAAUGGCCAUUUUGUGUCUGCACACGUGCUAAUAAAGAAGGGCGGAGCGAACCCGAGUCUUCGCGAUAACGAAGUGUUUCUGAACGCGUCUGAUUGGUCACAGAGAAGUCAUAAUGUCCAAAGUAAAUUUGCAACACGGCGCGUAGCUCCAAUGACUCCUUCGCCUAUGACGUUCUCAUUCUCGCGAGAAUCCACCAUGUACCAGAGGUCAACGACGCCGUCCUGCCAUCAUGUGAAAGGUCAGCCAGAUUUAUUCGCUACAUGGUCUGACAAUGGUUUACGACUGCCUGCAGUGUUCUCCCCGAACGCACCGGCAUUGGAGAGGAGCGAGACUUUCAUUGAUGGUAAAGACGCUCGUCAAAUUGUUCUUAAUGAGAUUGACGAUUAUGAAACACAAAACCGACCAUCAUCAUUCAAGCGUUCCCGUGUUAGAAACCAUCCACCUACAGCUAAAUUAAUGGCACUUUCUCGCCGAAGCAAGACCACUGUCAUUCCUGAUAUGACCACCAUAUUUAGGAUUUAUUCAGAUCAGUACCAACCCGACUGGAGAAAGAGAUCGUCUUUCUCCAGAAACAGUAACUCACAGUUCUCUAUAUGCAGUUCUCGCACAAACUCAGAAUUACCCGUGGAAGCUAACUAACUCAGCCAAAAAGGCAACUUGUCGGUUGCGUAUCUAAGGAAUUCGAUAUUUUGUUAGACGUUGUUAUCUUUUAAGUUUCGGACAAGGUGUAACUUUGGGACCUUAUUUCAGACGUUUUUGACUAGCAGGAAUGGCUAAAUUAGGUUAUGAUUAAGGGGUGAAAUCAACAAGGAUCGCUAUAGAACCGUACAAUAUGAAAUCACUGUAAUGAACUCACGAUGACAUUGUCUUUACGUUUGUACCAAGUGUCUUGUCACACCGUGUUGUAAAGCGUGAGUGCUGCUUUAAAUAGUGCUUCAUACACCAACUGCAUUUGAAUACGUAUUUAUUUUAUACAUGUGCUAUAUGGGCGUAUACGUGUAUUAUGUUGAAAACAGACACUAAUUAUAUAUAAGUAUGUGUGUGCGUUUGUACUAUGUGUUCUCCAGACAAUAGAACUGUAUUUAUUAGUUGACACCAAACUCUUCGAAAUACUAAAUUUUGUUUUUUCUUUUCUUUUUUUCUUUUUUUCUUUUUUUUCCCCCCGAAAAACCUACUUUUCGAAUUAUUACAAUUGUUUACAUAUCAGUUUUUGUUAUACCGGAGUCGGAUACAGCUUAUAUUUAUUGAUAUAUCACGUUCUUAGUCUCAGUUCCAUCAACGUUCCUUGACUUUCAACUUUGAUUUUUCAAUUUAAAUUGUCCAUGUGUAAGCUUCAUUGAACUAAAUAUCUUAGUUACAGAACUUUUUAAUUCUUCGAUGAUUUCCUUGAAAUAAUUUAAGUUAAGGAAUUUCCUAAAGUUCAGGAAUAUUGAUGAAACUAGAAAGUGUUCCGGUAAUAUCUAAUACCUCAGUGGUGCAGCUCAAUCCAAAACGAGACUUUUAUUUUCUUAGCUGUAAACUUAAUAUGUCCUGGUGUAGUACCUGAAACUGGAGGAAUUUCUUGAAAAGGUUUCCCGACGCGGUCGUCUUUGACUUUGGAUAUGAAAUUGAUACAUAUCAUUAUUUAUUGAAAUAUGCUUUUCUAUGAAUAGAAAGCCAUUGAAACAUAUUUCUGGAAUGCAAUUCCAAUUUUGAUUAAAUGCAAUUAUCAAUUUCCGGGAAAUACCUUCGGGACUUUUGAUAUUGAAAUAAUGACAACAAAUGCUAAAUAGAAGAAAAUAACGAUAAGUUCAAAAUCUUCUUAACAAAUCUGUCAACAUGUAUUUCAACUUGUUAUUAAAUGUUAUUUGCUUUGGGCCUACGUGUAUUGUACUGUGUGUAAUUGUAGAAAUGAUAUUUCUCUGUUUGCCUGUUAAUCCCUUGGUUUGUACAUACGUAGAAUGAUUUCGUUGUUGAGAACUUUCCAAUAAACAUAUUUAUAUUGAUAACGUCAA